UCAUCUCCUGCCCCGCCGAGGCUCGACCCGUGAGUGGGGCCGCCCAAAACGGGCCAGACCGGGAGCCCCACUCCCGGCUGUGGGAGGGAAGGGAAACGGAGAUUGGGCAGAAUCAGCGCCCCGCCACCCGCUGCGGCGCUCGGGGGUCGUGGGGGGGUGGUGGGUAGGUCUGUGGGCCCCGCCCUGCCGCAGGACUCUCAAGCUCUGGGACUGGGUGGAGGAAGAUAAGGCGGGAGGGGAUCCGUGCGGUCGCACAUGCGCAAAGGCUCUUCACUGGCCCAAGACCCUGGCUUCCUGGCCAAAGAGCCCGCGCAGCGAGGUGGAGUUGGGGGCUGGGACCCAGUUCCAUGCCCCGCCACCUGGCUCUCUGGGAAGCAUCGGACCCGUCACCCUCGAAGGACUGGCCGCUAAAUAACUUCGGUAUUGAGAGCUGUGAGAGCCUCAAAGGGAGGGCCCAGACCAGCUGGAGUCUCUACCACCAGACAGGAUAAAGGGCAGGACUUGGGGUCAUAGGAGGAGGAGGCUAACAUGAAAACAACUUAGGUUGGAGAGAAGGAGGGGCCAAUCCAAUCUGCACCCUCCCUGUGUCUGUCCCGAGUAGGUGCUGUCCCCCUCUCCCUUCCUUUGCCCACCGAUUGGAGUGACACUCUGGAAAGCUCAGUUGAAGAAAGCAGAGAGUCUGCGUGUACACAGUGCAAUGAUGUCAGUUAAUGCAGUAGUGAGGGCAUGUGUUGUUCACGGGGUACACAGAAGAAGAAACCACCAGCCCUUGGGACACUUAGGCAUUGGUGUAGACAAGGGAACAUUUGAGUCCUGGAGGAUGGAUAGGUCCACGGAGCAGAGGGAGGAGAAAAGGAUUCCAGUCUUAGCGAUCAGCAUCAGCAAAGGCUCCGAGGUGCCAGGGGCAUAGUGAGUUCUCCGAGCCCUGGCUGGUGGAGGGAAGCUGGGAAGGGCCUGGCUGUCCAGGGUGGUGGGAGGAGGCUAGAGUAGCCAGACCAGAUAUUUUGGGUUCUCUCUGAUGGGCAGUGGGGUGUGGGGGGGAGGUAGAUAGGUAUUUAGGAUGGAAUUCUGCUAGACAGGAAAACAUAGUUCAGUUCCUCAUAGUUCAGGCUGGAGCAAGUAAGAUUCCAGUUUUACCACUGAAUCUCUGAGGCUGUCUCCUCAUCUGUGAAAACAGCAAUCCUAGCCCAGAGAGUUGUCAAAGUCACUGUGCUAUCGGGCCUGGUGGAAUGGGAGUGAGAGGGGCUCAGAGGGACUGUUACAAGACAUGAGGUGACGAUGGUGGGGUGGCGAGGCAGAAGCUGAUGGAGACUCACUGAGAAGUGGAGAAGCAAGACUCAUCACAGAUGGGGCAUAAAGGGAGAUGGAGGGGCAGGGGGUAGUCCUGGUCUCGGCCCAGGGGGAAGGGUUUCAAUGAGAGGAAGCCAGGGUGUGAAGUGAUGGGGGAGGUAUAGUGUGACACCAGAGGGUACUGAGAGAGACCUGGGAGGCAGGAUGGCGGCUAGGACUAAAUCCUCUCUCCCAGAGAAGGCCGAGCCUCCUAGAGCCAGAGAAGGAGGCAGAGGAGGGACAGCAAAGGGAAGAGGUAUGAGGAUGCCAUGUGAACAAAGCCAAGGCGGGGAGGAGGAGAAGUUAUUAUCAGGGUGGGGGUGGGCUGACGGCAUCGUCCAAGGCCUGAUGUCUUUGCCUCCUAAUGCCGGGGGUCUUGCUGGCUGGGUCAGGCCACUCACAGGAAUAGACCAUAAUCCUUGGUGACAACAAAUGGACAAAGCAGCUGGGUGCAGUGGCUCAUGCCUGUAAUCCCAACACUUUGGGAGGCCAAGGUGGGCAGAUCAUGAGGUCAGGAGUUCAAGACCAGCCUAGCCAACAUAGUGAAACCCCGUCUCAACUAAAAACACAAAAAAUUAGCUGAGCGUGGUGGCGGGCGCCUGUAAUCUCAGCCACUCGGGAGGCUGAGGCAGAAGAAUCGCUUGAAUGCAGGAGGCGGAGGUUGCAGUGAGGAGAGAAUGUGCCACUGCACUCCAGCCUGGGCAACAGAGUGAGACUCUGUCCAAAAAAAAAAAAAAAGGAUAAAGCUGAUUGACUCUCCCUAAUAGCUGCUGUUGGUAGAGAUAGUCUCUCAAGAGCCAGGCGUGGUGGUUCACACCUGUAAUCCCAGCUCUUUGGAAGGCUGAGAUGGGAGGAUCGCUUGAGGCCAGCAGUUUGAGACCAGCCUGAUCAAUAUAGCAAGACCAGGCCAGGCGCGGUGGCUCACGCCUGUAAUCCCAGCACUUUGGGAGGCCGAGGCAGGGGGAUCACGAGGUCAGGAGUUCAAGACCAGCCUGGCCAACAUAGUGAAACCCCGUCUCUACUAAAAUAAAUAAAUAAAUAAAUACAAAAAAUACAUAUAGCAAGACCCCACCUCUAAAAAAAAAAAAAAAAAGGCUGGGCAUGGUGGCUCAUGCCUGUAAUCCCAGCAGUUUGAGAGGCCAAGGCAGGCGGAUCUCUUGAAGUCAGGAGUUCAAGACCAGUCUGACCAAUAUGGUGAAACCCUGUCUUUACUAAAAAUUCAAAAAUUAGCUGGGCAUGGUGGUGUGCACCUGUAAUCCCAGCUACUCUGGAGGCUGAGGCACGAGAAUCACUUGAGCCCAGGAGGCGGAGGUUGCAGUGAGCCGAGACUGUGCCACUGCACUCCAGCCUGGGCAACAGCAAGACUCCAUCUUAAAACAAACAAACAAACAAACAAACAAACAAGUCUCUCAAAAUAGUGCGAUCCAUGGAGGAAAAUCAGUCCAAGUUCAGCAAGCAUUUGUUGGUAUCCUGUAUGAGCUAGGCCCUGGGUACUUCAAGAUCAAACAACAAAUGUCUGUAGGUCAUUCCCAGGUCAGCAGGGAGCCAGGUGGGUCAGCAGGGAGACAGUCACAUUGGGAGUUAGGGCUUCGGUAGGGAGACAGGUGGGUCUCAGGUGAUGUCAAGAGAUCUUGGUCAGAGCUAAGCCUGAAGAAGAUUCUGGUAUCUCUGCUCAGGAAUCAGAGGACCAGGAAGGGCCAUGAGACUACAUUGGGGUUGCACUAUGGUGGUGGUGUUGGUGGGAGGGUGUAGAGGCGGGGCUUGUCCUGGAAAGUUGGAUCUCAGGGUCAAGGUAAGGGGAGAGGGGCAGGGAGACUCUCAGCACUUUGUGCUCCGGGUGCAGAGGGGACUGGAGGGUAGAGUAUGGAAGCAGGGAGCUCUGAUCCUGGGUUCUGCAGGGCCAAAGCAGGAGGCAGAAGGCUGGACUUAGUAAGUGGUGAGGAUGGUGAGAGAAAUAUUCAGCAGUCAAACUGGAAAGGACUUAUCUGCAAGCUGGGUGUGGAGUAUCAGCAUCAAUCCUAGGUUUUUCUGCCUGGUUAGGUGGGGAAGCAGAUUUGAGAGAAAGACCUUAGUUUGGAUAAACGGGGUCUGAACUCGCCUCGGAUUUGCCGGGGCUGGAGCUCAGGAGCUCCUGGUUGGGGAGGGCAUUCAGAGAGUAGAUGCCAGUCCUGGGAAAGGCAGGGGAGGAGAGGAGAGCCACGGCUGACGCUUGGGGACAGAAGGAGGAGCCUGAGGAGGAGACAGGACAGAGCGUCUGGAGAGGCAGGAGGACACCGAGUUCCCCGUGUUGGCCUCCAGGUCCUGUGCUUGCGGAGCCGACUGGCGGCUGGGAUCGAGCCCCGACAAUGGGCAAUGCGCAGGAGCGGCCGUCGGAGACUAUCGACCGCGAGCGGAAACGCCUGGUCGAGACGCUGCAGGCGGACUCGGGGCUGCUGUUGGACGCGCUGCUGGCGCGGGGCGUGCUCACCGGGCCAGAGUACGAGGCAUUGGAUGCACUGCCUGAUGCCGAGCGCAGGGUGCGCCGCCUACUGCUGCUGGUGCAGGGCAAGGGCGAGGCCGCCUGCCAGGAGCUGCUGCGCUGUGCCCAGCGUACCGCGGGCGCGCCGGACCCCGCCUGGGACUGGCAGCACGUGGGUCCGGGCUACCGGGACCGCAGCUAUGACCCUCCAUGCCCAGGCCACUGGACGCCGGAGGCACCUGGCUCGGGGACCACAUGCCCCGGGUUGCCCAGAGCUUCAGACCCCGACGAGGCCGGGGGCCCUGAGGGCUCCGAGGCGGUGCAAUCCGGGACCCCAGAGGAGCCAGAGCCAGAGCUGGAAGCUGAGGCCUCUGAAGAGGCUGAACCGGAGCCAGAGCCAGAGCUGGAACCCGAGCCUGAAGAAGCAGAACCAGAGCCGGAACUGGAGCCAGAACCGGACCCAGAGCCCGAGCCGGACUUCGAGGAAAGGGACGAGUCCGAAGAUUCCUGAAGGCCGGAGCUCUGACCGGCCGUGCCCCGCCCAUGCUGGAUAGGACCUGGGAUGCUGCUGGAGCUGAAUCGGAUGCCACCAAGGCUCGGUCCAGCCCAGUACUGCUGGAAGUGAAUAAACUCCGGAGGGUCGGACGGGACCUGGGCUCUCUCCACGAUUCUGGCUGUUUGCCCAGGAACUGAGGGUGGGUACCUCUGAGUCCCAGGGACCUGGGCACCCCCAAGCCCACCAUGAGCAUCAUCCAGUCCUCAGCCCUAAUCUGCCCUUAGGAGUCCAGGCUGCACCCUGGAGAUCCCAGACCCAGCCCCCUAGUGGAACAAGGACCUGACCCUCGUGCCUGCAUACACAACCCAUUUCCCCUCAUGAGCCACUUGGCACCCUAUGUAGGUACCAGCUCAACCCCAUGCAAGUCCCUGAGCUGAACAUGGAGCAAGGGGAGGGUGACUUCUCUCCACGUAGGGAGGGCUUAGAGCUCACAGCCUUGGGAAGUGAGAUUAGAAGAGGGGAGCAGAAACGGACCUUGAGUAGACAGAGACCACACACGUCAUUGUCAUUACUGUUUUAAUUGUCUGGCUUCCCUCUGGACUGGGAGCUCAGUGAGGAUUCUGACCAGUAACUUACACAAAAGGCGCUCUAUACAUAUUAUAAUAUAUUCGCUUACUAAAUGAAUAA